AUGUCGGCUAUUACUUGGCGCGAGUCUUUCCCCCCAAAGCCAGCUUUUACUGAAAGGAAUAUCCCUGACCAACACGGCCGGGUGUUCAUCGUAACCGGCGGCUCAUCAGGAUGCGGAUAUGAGGUUGCCAAGGCUGUUUUCAGCCUCAACGGACAUGUCUACAUCGCCGGAAGAUCUGCCGACAAAGCCCAAGCCGCAAUUGAUAAAAUCAAAGCCGAACCCGCCGCUUCGCACCCUACCGUCACCGGCGGCAAAGGCAGAAUAGAGUUCCUCCAGCUUGAUCUCAACGACUUGGCUUCAAUCAAAGCCUCUGCGGCAACAUUUCUGUCACGAGAGACCCGUCUGGACGUUAUUUGGCACAAUGCUGGUAUAGGCGGCGCACCGCAAGGGAGUACUACAGCUCAAGGCUUCGAAACCCAUCUAGGAGUCAACGCCUUGGGGCCGUUUCUGUUCCAGCAUUUCCUGACACCGCUCUGCAUAAGGACAGCGGCUCACUCAGACGCGCUAAAAAAUGCUACCCGAGUCAUCUGGGUUACAUCGUCUGGGCAUCGUGGCGCGCCUGGCCCGGAUGGUGUCAAUUGGGACGACAUCAACAUGCACUCGGUUGGUGGACUCAAAGGCGGCAUGCUCAAGUAUGGCCAAAGCAAGGCCAUGAGCGUCAUGUAUGCUCAUGAAUUUGCGCGUCGGUUUGGACCUCAGGGUCUGGUUUCGCUCUCUCUGCAUCCGGGAUCCGUGAAAUCAGAGUUUCAACGCCAUCAACCGAAGCUUUUCAGGGCUAUCACCUCGCCCCUGCUUUAUGAUCAGCACUUUGGUGGGUUAACAGAGCUUUUUUCAGGAUUCAAUCAAGAGGUGGAUACGUCAAUGGUAGAUGCAGGGGGUAAGAAUGGGCGUUAUGUCGAGCCAUGGGGCCGUUGGGGUGCUGAAUCUCAGACCGUACUUGAUGGACUCCAAAAGCGAGGGACCGGCGAAAGGUUGUGGGAUUUAUCUGAACGUCUCUUGAAAGAUUACAUGUGA